AAACACCACCAUCUCCAAAAGACAAAGUCUCGACGCCAUUGGUUAGAAGUGACUGAAAUGGGCGUUGCCACAGGAGGAGUGAAGGCGUGGUUUCAUCACUCGAGUGAAGAGAGUGAUAUCGGAUUGGGGCAUUGUGAGUGGUAGAGGCGUCUGAACAGUAGGCACUCGUAUUUAAUGUGUCGUUUGCGGUCGGGCACGAGUUAUUUAAAAAGUUUUUUGUGGCAAUCCGCUAUGGUUCGUAUUGAAGGGACAGCAGAAGCGAUGGUUGUUCCGAGACGAACUUCCUUCUCCAUCAGCAGCCUUAUCAACGGCGGCGAGGACGACGAUAAUGUUCCGGCGACUGCCGCGGCGGUCGUCACUCCACCACCUCCCGCGGUCGAAUGCCCCCGGGACUUCAGUAAUCGGCGAAAUAACAUUGAUGGAGCUUCCACACCUCCAGAUUCCGAUACGAAAUCGGACGCGACUACCCCGAUCACUUCUUCGCCUCCUUCUCCAAGCAAAGUUGCUCAAGACAAAUCUAGCAACAAAGCAAAAAACUCAUCCGAUGACAAAAAAUCUACCUUUGAAAAGCCACCGUUCAGUUAUAAUGCACUUAUUAUGAUGGCCAUCCGCCAAAGUCCAGAAAAGAGACUGACCCUAAACGGAAUUUAUGAGUUCAUCAUGAAAAACUUUCCUUAUUAUCGAGAAAAUAAACAAGGUUGGCAAAAUUCCAUUAGACAUAACUUAAGUCUUAACAAGUGUUUUGUCAAAGUUCCACGGCAUUAUGAUGAUCCAGGAAAAGGAAACUAUUGGAUGCUCGAUCCAAGUUCAGACGACGUAUUCAUUGGUGGUACAACCGGUAAACUACGCAGGAGAACUACCGCAGCAUCCAGAAGCAGACUUGCUGCUUUCAAACGGGCAGGAGCGCCCAUGUUUCAUGCAGGACUCAAUCCAGCAUUUCACCAUCACGACAAAUCAACUCUGGGCUGGUCCCUUGCUGGUUAUGGUGGUUUUCACACGCCUGGUGGUCUCUUGUCUUUCAAAUACCCAUAUUCUAGCUUAACAACGAAUAUGGCAGCUUUACAAAGUCCUAAGCCAACAGGCUUCAGUGUAGAUAGACUAAUAGGGGCAGAAACUGCCGCAAAUCUUCAUAAUCCUUUGUGGUCAAGUCUGGGAUGCCCUCCUGGCUGUUCUCCUCUAGGAUUAGGUAGUCCUCAAGGUUAUUCAGCUAUGCCUGGUUGUGGGUACUUACUAUCAUCUCUAGUCGCUCCUGGACAAGCUCUUUAUGAUCUCCAAGCCCUAAGGACAGUUUCUGCAAUGAAUUGCCAAGCUGGACAGGCGAGGAAUGCCAGUCAAAGUUCCACGACGUCCAGUUCUGAAAAUUCCACGACGAUCUACAAGCCCAUACCAAUUAUGUCCAAACAAAGCUAGUGAAACAUCUGCAUUCCCAUGUACAUAACUAUACUUUUUGUAGAUAUUUCAUGUAAAUAUAAUAACUGUUCCUCGGUGAUGGACUUCCAAGGAUUGACAUUUGUAAAGAACCAGUGAAGUGAACUUUAUGAACAAAUUUUGUGUUCUAAAACUAGUGACAACUAAGUUGUGCCGAGCAAAGUAAAUAUUACUCCUUACCAGCUAUAAGCAGGUAAACAUUUCCUAAUAGUAUUAAAGUUAUCUUUCGUAACGGUGCACAAUGUGUAAUAUGAAGUAGUUUUAUUAUUUCAUGACUACAAUUGUUGGUUCCUAUAAACAUAUCUCAUAAAGAUUUUAUAUACGAAAAUUUUAUUAAUUACUUAUGAUAGUAAUACUUACUUUUACUUCAGUUUAAGAUUAUCUUAAUCUGAAGAUGUUCCCGGUUAAAUAAUUUUGUUUAUUUAUAGUUAUUUCAUUAGAGCUUUAAUUUUUUUUUUCAUUGUAAAUAUUUUUUUUAUUUUAUCUAAGAUCUUCAUCUAAUCAUUAUUGGAAAAUAUACAUUAACUAACAUUUCUUGAAUCAAUUUUAAUAACUUGUUUAAAUUGGCUCUAAUGUCUUGUUUAAAUAAAUUAUUUCUUCAUUAUUAAAUAUUAUGAAUUUUUUUUUUUGUAAU